GGUUGGAGAGGAUGGAGGGACAGAGCUCGAGACUCCACCCCCAUCAAAAAUUGAAAGCAUAAUGUCGUGAUAGAACACCUUGAGAGAAUUUUAUAUUGGGCGUGGCCGCACGACGCUCACCUGGGUGUGUGACAGGAUGUGAUACACACGGCCAUCACCUGGUGACAAGCUGCUUUUACUUCUCAGCAGUCAACCAGGUGAAGACUGUCGGGGACCAGGUGAUGCUGUCACUUCUGCCCUCACCUUCUCAGGCAGAGUACUGUCUGUGACGAGGCUUCCUGUCUGUGACGAGGGUUCCUGCCCGCCACCUCGUGUGCCAGACUCCAGACGGACUGCAGGCUACAGCAAGGGGAGACCUCGCUACCCGCCACACCCUACACACACCUGUACGGCAUCAUGGGACAAGAGUUGCGGGUGGUUUUCCUCCUUUUGGCACUGAGUGGAUUUUCACCCGGCCCCUCACUCGCAGGCCCGUUGUUUUACUACUGCAUGUGGCUCAGGAAUGGCGCGUGCAGGACGAGCUGCGGUGCAGGUGAGAUGUACUACUCCGCCCCCUACCUCUGUGCCGGCAGCACUACAGGCACCAGGUGCUGUGCCCCUACACCACCACCUCCACAGCCGACGUGCGGCUUGCUGGGGGCCAACGUACGUCCCCGAAUCGUGAACGGUAGCGAGACGGCCAGGUGCGAGUACCCGUGGAUGGUCUUCAUCAACCUCCUCAACUACGUCGGCAACCGCUGCGGCGCCAGCGUCAUCGACAGCAGACACAUCGUCACCGCCGCCCACUGCUUCACCAACCCACCCUACGUCAACGGCAACCCACCCAUCACUAUUGGCGAGUACAACCUGUCGCAAGCAGCACCCGAGGACAAGUACACGACCACCAACUACCAGAUCAUCAUCCACCCGGACUACGACAGGGUCCGCUUUUUCAAUGACCUGGCCAUCCUCAAGCUGUCCACCCCCAUCGACUUCAGCCGCUACACGUGUGUCCGCCCCCUCUGCCUGCCCCCCAGAGACCAGGACUUUCCUCUCGACUCCCGGUGCCAGGUGGCCGGGUGGGGCGUCAUCAGGGAGGACGACAACAUCAAAAGCCUGGUGGACCCCAGUGUGCUGCCCACGGUGUUGAGGAGUGUGUCGGUGUCGCUGGUGAGUGACGCUCUGUGUGUCGAGCAUUUCCGCGACUACUACAACGCCAGCCACGAGAUCUGCGCCGGCGACCUCCAGGGCCAGAGGGACUCCUGCUUUGGGGACUCGGGUGGCCCCCUCAUGUGCAGAGGCAGCUCGGGGGAGCAGUAUUACAUGGCGGGGGUCAUCUCCGUGGGCGGAGGGUGCGCUCGGCUCAACACCCCGGCCAUCUACACCCAAGUCACCUCCUUCCUCACCUGGAUCAACGAGGUCAGAGGGCAGACCGUCUGCUGGGCCAACCUUCGCGGCAGCUUCUUGUACUGCAUGGUGCUGCAAGGUGUGUGCAGGACGACGUGCCAGGAGGGGGAGACCUACUACAGCGCCGACUACCUGUGCGCCGGCAGCACUGUGGGCACCAAGUGCUGCUCCCGUGUCUCCACCGCCACCAGGCCAGCCACGUGUGGUGUGGGAAGCAGUCUGGCUAGCCGCAUCGUGCACGGCCAGGAGGCGCUGAGGUGCGAGUUCCCCUGGCUCGUCUACAUCAACCUCAGUGAAGGCGGCAGCAACCGCUGUGGGGGGAGCCUCAUCGACGACAGACACAUCAUCACUGCCGCCCACUGCUUCAGCUCAGUCACCAGCGCCGCGCCCGAGAUCGUGGUGGGCGAGUACAACAGGAAUGAGACAGGCCGACCCCGGGAGAAGUUCGCCACCAUUGAGUAUCGAGUCAUCGUCCAUCCGGCUUUCAAUAGCCAACACCUGGUGAAUGACCUGGCCAUCGUGAGGCUGACCACGCCCAUAGACUUCAGCCGCUUCACCUGCAUCCAGCCCAUCUGCCUGCCGACCUCGCAGAACCAGGUGACCCCGGUGAACACCCAGUGCAAGGUGGCCGGGUGGGGACAGGAAGGUGAGACCUCCUACGACAUGCCGGCGGUGCUGAAGGCGACCAACGUGUCGGUGCUGGAGGACGCGCUGUGUGCCGCGCGCUACAACGACUACAACAGCGCCAUCGAGAUGUGCGCCGGCGACCUGCGCACCUCCCACGACUCCUGCUUUGGCGACUCGGGUGGGCCCCUCAUGUGCCCGGAGGGCCUGGGCCCACAGAUGCAGCUGGUGGGGAUCAUCUCGUACGGCGACGGCUGUGGGCGGCUGGGUACAGUGGCUGUGUACACACAGCUGUCGGCCUUCCUGCCCUGGAUUCGUGACGUGGUCAGCCGACCUCUGUGAGGCCAGGAGACGAACCGCCCGCCAUUAGCUCCAGCUGCUGACAGCUGCCGGGUGUUAGCUGUGGAUAGUUCCUGUCAGUUAGCUCGUCACACUUCCGGUAGCGCAUGACACUUGUGAUGGAAGUUAGCUGUUGGUGUAUUUCAAGUGUUGACACUUGCGUCGUUAGCCAGGUCAUUAGCAGUUUACUGAUCUACUGAAGACCGUUAGCCUCCAAGCGAUUAGUCCACACUUAGUGUAACAACUUAGUGUAACAACUUAGUGUAACAACUCUGUUAUCCUAGCGAGUAGCACACGCGCCGAGAACACUGUACCUCAAAACAUUUCAAAUUUACUGCCGGACACAACGAUUGGUCACGUGGCCAAGCACACUGUACCGCCAGCGGCUAGUCGUUAGCACGAUGUACCGAGUGUGUACAGUACAGUGUCAGUGAUGUCAUGAUGUCAGUGAUGUCAGUGAUGUCAGUGAUGUCAUGCGUACAGCAACAAGUCAGUUCUGUCAGUCCGUGGUCUCAACACUGUGCAGUGUGUACAACUAUUUCACCUGAAAGUGUCUGUGAAGUCUGUCUGUUCACACCUGUCCGCACACUGACGACUGCGUGAAGCAAGGGACAUAACUCUGUUUUAGCUUUACGCCGCGUUAACGUCGAAAGGGAGACAAGUGGAAGUCAAGACCAUGGAAAACAAGAAAAUCUGUCCACCAGUCAGCUGUCAGUGUGUGUCAUGACGUCACUGCUACCCACGCUGUCAGCUGUCAGUGUGUGUCAUGACGUCACUACCACUGAAUGCUGUGACGCAGUCAUACGCGACACGAGAAAGUUUGUGAGCACAGGCUGACAUAACAUUGUUGUCAUGGGAGCGGGUUAGUGACGCACAUAGAAAUACUGCUGUUGAUGUCAUACUAGCUGUACACAAAUAUACACGGAGCUAAAAUUAGAUACAUACUGCUGACAAUGUCACCUAAACACAGCUGUACCACUACAAACAGCUGCACACUAAUAUAGACACAGCUGCACACCAAUAUAGACACAGCUGUAUACCACUACAAACACAGCUGUACACUGAUAUAGACACAGCUGUACACUAAUGUAGACACAGCUUACACCACUACAAACAGCUGUACACUAAUGUAGACACAGCUUACACCACUACAAACAGCUGUACACUAAUAUAGACACAGCUGUAACUAAUAUAGACACAGCUGUACACUGACAUAGACACAGCUUACACCACUACAAACAGCUGUACACUAAUAUAGACACAGCUGUACACUGAUAUAGACACAGCUGCAAACUAAUAUAGACACAGCUGUACACCACUACAAACAGCUGCACACUAAUAUAGACACAGCUUACACACCCACAACCACAGCUGUAUACUAAUAUAGACACAGCUGUACACUAAUGUAGACACAGCUGUACACCACUACAAACACAGCUGUACACUAAUGUAAACUCCCUUAGAACUGUUUCUGAGAAAGUAAACUUAUUUUCACUC